AUGUCACAGAGGGGACCUGCAUCUCACACUACUACUACCACCACCACCACCACCACGCAAGCACAAACGCAGUCACCGCCUCGAGCCCCCUUCACCUCUCAGCAGAAUCCUCAAGCUCAAGGUAGCCCGGGGUCUCAAGAUGUUGCCACCACUCCGUCCGUAGCUGGCGAGAGGCACCCUUUUGCCCCGCGGUCGUUGGGCAUCAGGGGAUUGAUCAAUGAAGCACAAUCGGAAGGCUCCGCCGGCGAGAUGUCACAGCCCCGAGUGGUUGACCCCCAAACCUCGCCCUACGGUAUGCCCCCGAGGCAGUACAGCACGCCUGGCGACCGCCAGUACACGUACCAUAGCCACGGGCCUUUGGGAUCCCAGCCCGGCACACCGGCCGGCCACCCGAUAACAACGCCUCUGGGCCACACGCCGUCAGAGCACAACUCACCCAAGAGCGGCUUCCCGUUCCCACCCAUGGGUGCUCCGAGGCAGAUACCCAGCCCCAGGGAGACCCGAGCCGCGAGCAUGAGCCAGGCGGCCAUGAGGGCCCCGGAGCCACACCAAACCCAUUUCAUGCCUCCGCGGGCAAAGCGGCCCUAUCCGGGCGACGACGGUCCCUCGGAACCAUACCGCACAGCGCCCGGCCACCCGUUCUCCGGUCCGGCGGCACCUUCAUCGGCGGGGAUCGCAUCGCUGACGACGCCGUCACGGUCCAUGUCCCAGCCCAUGAUUGGGCACAUGCCGCCCGGAAGCGCCGAACGACACCAACUGCCCCCCAUGACGCGAGAUGCCCACGGCAGGGGACCCGAGUACCAAGGCCAGCCGAUGUUGCCGCCCAGCCAGGGCUUCCCUCCGCCCCAGUCGCCAGGCAUUCCCGUCUGGUCCACGCCCGGCGCCGGGACGUCCCUAUACCAAAGCCUGCGGUCCGACGUGACCAAGGCGGAAGGCGGGAUGGUGGUCAGACUUCCGGGAGAGGAGGGCGGCAUUCUCAUACCCGUGGACGUUCACCAGGCCUCGAAACAGGCCGACGAGAAGCGGCAACGGAACGCCGGGGCCUCGGCGCGGUUCAGGCAGCGGAAGAAGGAGAGGGACCAGGAGCAGAUUGCCAACCUGCAGAAGCUGGAGCAGAGGAGCCGCGAUCUGGAGGCCAAACUCCGGGACAUGACCCAGGAGAGGGACUUUUACAGGGACGAGCGGAACCGGCUGCGCGACGUGGUGCUGCGGACGCCGCUCAGCGACAUGGCAAACGGGCCCCCGAGCCCGACGUCCUCGAGGAGCGGGGGAUCGAUGGCGGAGACGAGCCCGCUGACGCAGGCUCCCAUGCUGCCCCAUCAACUCCAGCAGCAGCAGCAGCAGCAGCACGGGUACGCGUCGAGCGAGGCGUCGUCCGUGGAACGGCCGGCGCGGCGGCGACGCACCGAAUCGGCACAAACCCCCGAGUUUUCGAUGCCGUCGUACGGCACUCCCGUCCCCCAGACCGGCAACCUGCCGCCCCUGCAGGCCCCCGCGUACGGGAUGAUGCCGCAGCGACCUCCGUCGACGACGCCGGGCGGGGAGAGGCUGCCACCCCUCCGGGUGAUGGAGGGUUCCUAUCCCGGAUCGGACGUAGGGCCGAACGUCACCGCCGGGGGUGGCGCUCCCAUGUACCCCAGCUACGCGCGUGUCCCCCACGAGACGGGGUUCGCGAGCAGGACCGCAGGUCCGCCGGGUCAUCACGGCCACCACGGCCACGACGGCGGGCCGCGGUAA